GCCAACUUCCUGUAAACAAAAACACGUGCAAGAAGUAAUAAUCCGGGAUUCUGGGGAAACAAUAUACGCCGUCUGGUCUCCUCGCUACAUUUCAUUCCCUGCUUGAAACAUUCAUGUAGCAUUAUCUUGGCUCGGAAAUUUGACCCAUCACUCGUUCAAUCAUGGCAAAGAAAGUCUCAGCAUUCAUGGUGCAUAAGGAGAAAAUGACUAAAGCCAACAAGAAAAAAUCAAAAUCUAAGAAAGUGUCAAAAGUUGAAAAGAAAAAGGCAAAGAAGAAAAGUGGAUCAAAAGACAAGACUUUGUUAACGGGUGUAACACAUUCAGAAAGUGUCACUGUGAUAACUCUUCCCGAUGCUGACAACAGCAGCCCACAAGUAUCUUCUCCAGGCUUCAUACAGGAAACUCCUAGGGGACAUGGCAGCAAAGAAAAGGGUUCAGAGACAGAUGGUAAACCAAGUAAAAAAUCUUGUGACACAGCAUUCAUCACAGCUGCAAAUAAUGCAAGUAUCAUGUUCCUUGAGGGAACACCUUCUGGCUCUGAAAAGAUAGCAAAGACUGAUGUUAACAAGAAUAGGAAAAGGAAAGAAAUGAUUGGGAAAAGGAAGACUGGAAAAAGAAUACGGGAUGGUUCGGCUAAAAAUCCGGUAGAAGGUGACCACGGUAACAGUGAUAAUGCUGCCGAGCUCAAAGACUGUGUGAAAAACAGACAAAGGGGAGAUAACCAGAGAAAUAGGCCAAAAUUUGAAUCUGAUUUUGUGAGGAAAAAUUACCAAAAGCAUCUGCUAAAAGAGACUGUUUUGAAUAAGGAAGAGAUAGCUGAAAGACGUAAACAGCUAAAGGAACUUUCUGAGUCAGAUGAUGAGAUUAUGGAGGAGCAAUCGUACAGUGCCUGUAACCGUUACUAUGGUGAUGAGAAAGAGAAGAUGGAGACCUCUGACAUAGAAUCGGAGUCAGAAAGUUCAGUUGAUGAUGAUGGUGAUAGUGCCAGUGAUGAAGACAUCUUGGAUUCUCUUGAACAGCAGGAGACUUUGUUCCGAGUUUUUGGCCUUGAUCAGACAGAACUCGGUAAUUGUGGAACCUUUGGAUUUGGAUCAUCAGACUUCCAGUUCCAUGAGCCAGGCCCAGCUGACAACACAGAUCCAUCGGUACUCAAUGACUCUGGAUAUUCUUGUGCAGAGAGUCUUACAAGGCUGAGAGGUGAAGAUCAGAACCCUGUGGUCGGCGUACGGGCUACCAAAGUCAGGGACCAGGGAAUGGGAGGGGCUGAACAAGAUGGCCGGAGGAAGUCGGCACGAGUCAAGGGUAGUGAAGUCGGGGACCAGGCGGUGGGAGGAGCUGAGAAAGAUAGCCGGAGGAAGUCGACACGAGGCAAAAAAGCCCAGGAAGGUGCUGGGAAGAAAAUGGCUCAGUCAUCUGGGGAAGACAUUACCGGUAUGCAAGGAGAAUUAAAAUGUGUUUCUAUUCCAGUGCCCAAACAGGAGGCAACACUGGUGGUACUUGGUCAUCCACUAGAGCUCUGCAUCCAGGGCAAGGCUUCAAUCACCAUGGUAACAGGGGAAAUAAUCAUCAUGGGACACAGACUUCAACCAGAUAAUUCAUACAGAGUUUACUCCCCUAUCAGCAACAGUUAUAAUGUGUUAAAAACAGCUCAAGGGCAAGUUGAUUUUAAACACCUCACUGAAAAAGUCUCUGUUAUAUUUGGAUCCAACAAGUCUGUGCAAGAGGUGAAAGAUGAGUUGAAAAUAUUCCAGGGUAUUCAUAGCAUCGCCUUCGUUGUGCGUCCCUUAGAUUCCGAAGCACACAAUUACAUUUCAACAAUGUCGCCAUACAAUGGCCUGUUUACAAUCAGGACUGAAGAACCACUACCCCAUAACCUGGAACUACUUCCUUUGGGGUUGGGACUAUUUCCUCGAGAGUAUGUGAUGAGGCCUUGGCUCAAGCUGUCCAAGGACAUCAAGCAGAUUCUUGACCUUUGGGAGGUCAUGAUCGGAAGGGGAGAUAAGUCUGGUGAUGGUCGGGCACCGGUCAUUUUGACGUGUGGAGGCAAGAACAGUGGCAAGUCCACACUGAAUCGUCACCUCAUCAACUCCACUCUCAACAUGUCCAAAGGUGUUUCGUACAUGGAGCUGGACAUUGGCCAGACAGAGUUCUCUCCCCCUGGCUGUAUGUCCCUACAUCAUGUGACGGAGCCAGUGCUUGGUCCACCGUUUACUCAUGUUAGAAAGGCAGAAAGAAUGUGUUACUUUGGAGCUGUUUCAGCAGGUGCAAAUGUGUCGAUGUACGUGAAAUGUGUGAAGUAUGUGUUCGCUGCACACAAGGGAGACAACCCUCUCAUCAUCAAUACCAUGGGGUGGAAUAAAGGUAUUGGGCUGAAGCUGCUAGUGGACAUCCUCCACAUCACCAACCCAGACAUCGUGGUCCAGAUGGACACCUACAAGCCCCUGGACAACUUCCCUCCCAUCACACCACACUUCAAGAUGGCCGAGCAGGGCUGGCUGUACAACAGACAGGCCACAGGUCACAUGCAGCAGGAGGUGGUAGCAGACGAGCACGAGUUGUGUGUUUUGCAGACGCCAGUCAUGAAGAUGCAUCAGAAGUUCAUCACGUGGACAGCAGCUGACCAUCGCAAUGUGACCCUCCUGUCCUACUUCUGUGACUCCCUCAAACCCAGCCAGUCCCUCCUGUCUCUCACUCCAUACACCGUGCCCUGGACUGCUGUCGCAGUUUAUGUGUGUGAUGCUGCUGGGCUGAGGCCGUCAAAGAUGCUGCUGGUGCUGAACGGAGGCAUUGUUGGAUUGUGUGUUGCGACCCUACCAGAGGUCAAGGUCACUGGAGACUUGAAGCCGAGACUGCUGAAAACACUCCCUGUAUGCCAGUGUCUCGGUUUAGGUCUUGUGAGAGGUAUUGACCCCAAGACAAAGCUGUUCUACAUUGUCACGCCCUUGACACAAGAUGAGCUGGGCAAGGUCAACGUCCUUGUGAAGGGGUCAGUGACUCUGCCAGAUCAAGUCACCAGGCAACAGAAAACUGAUGAGGCGAAGCCAUAUUGUGACAACUUAACCAGGAGUAUCGGGUCUUGGAAGACUAACUUUAAGGACAGGAAGAUGAAGCGACCUGGUGCUGUGUUCAGAAGUCACCAGAAGUGAUGCUGUCUGACAUGCUGAGUCGUGCUGUGAUCAGAUGAUCCAGGGUGCCCCACUGUUGCAUGAAGAGAGUGAUCAGCAUGAUCGGUGUACCGCUGUUCUCAAAUUACCAAUGAAUAAAGGAAUUAACAAGACAAAGUAUAUUAUUAAAAGUUUAUUCGUUGA